CAAUUAUAUCAUUAAACUUCUAUGCCAAUAGUGAUCUACAAGAAAGAUGUUCCUAAUUUAAAGCAAAGAAUAAAAGAAAAGCUUUAUUUCCUUCGAGUUAUAUCGGGAAUAUCGCACAAGAGGAUAGAAUCUCAGUAUCUGGCACUAUACAGAAAUUGGAUAAGUCAUAACAAGCCAAAAUUGUACUUUAUCAAAACUGACCUAACCAAUGCAUUUGGGUCCAUAGAUAUAAAAGUCUUAUUAAAAGUUCUUUGUGAGAGGCAUCAAAAGUUCCAAAGCCAAGAAAAAUCUUUGUCAAUUAAGAAGAAAUUUGCUUUACUGUAUAGACAGUUUGUAAAUGAAAUUCGGAGUCCUCUACUCAUACGCACUGGUUCUACAUAUUACGAAUGGAAUAGGGGACUGGUCCAAGGCUAUAAAUACUCACCAGCCCUAUCGGAGUUGUAUUAUUCUUACAUGGAUGAAAUAUACUUUGCAGACUUCAUACAGAAGAGAGAAAACAGAAUAAACCUUUUUGUUAGAGUCGUAGAUGAUUACUUGUAUAUUACAGACUGUUUAGAAGAUGCACAAUUAUUUUUAAAUGCACUAAACAAUUAUAAAAAUGUUAAUUACAAUAAAACCAUUGUUAAUUUCGCCCAUGAAAAUAUCAGGCAGAGUUCUUUUAUUACCUUCCUAGGGUACACUUAUGAUACUAAAAAGUUGAAUGUUUGCAGGGCAAAAAAUGUUUAUGUAGGACAAAUGUGUUACAAAAUCGCAUUCACUCAAGCUAUUUCAAAUGUGUCCAAGUUUAUUGAAAACAGAAUCGGUCAGUCUGGAAUUUUUGUCAGUAGUCACAUUUUCAAUCUUCACUACAACGAUGAAGCUUUAGUAUGGAAACACAUUUUCACCACAUUAUGUCACUGCGCAAACAAAUUUUGCACAAUCUUAGCAGUACUGUGCCAAGAGAGUGAUAUGCCUAAAUAUCUGGCACUCUAUAAGAGGAAGGUUUCAAAUAGUUUGUGCAGUUCCAUUAUAAAUACUUUAAAGAAAAACAAACCAGAUGAUUUUCAAUUUGUUUAUUGUAUAAAUCACUUUAAAUAUCUCUCCUAUAAAGCAUUGUUGUUGUGUGUAAAAGAAACAUCAAAAUGUAGUAAGCUCAUACCGUUUGUAGAAGCUAGUAUGUCUAAAACAAACUGUAUAUUUGGCAAAUGGAGCCAGCAUUACAGUAGAAUAACAGUAGACAGAAAUAUUUUAGCUGUAAGAGAGCAAUGUAGAAGACAAGAUUUAAGAGUAAUCAUGAAAGAUUUUAACACUUUACCCAAAGGAUUUGAAUGUUUUAAAACUAUAAAGAGUAUUUGAUGUUUAAUAUACAGUGUGUAACAAAAAUAAGUGAUACUUUAGGAUGUG